UGCGUGUCGGGGCUCCCGGUCCCGCGGAGAAGGUCAGUUAAGAGAGUGAAGGGGAAGCCGAGGGAGCGAGUGUUCCUGCUUCAACAGUGAUUGAACGGAACCUUCAUUCCCAGCCGCUUUUUCUGCUUCUUCGCGUAUUCUGCCAUACUCUAAACUUUAUUUCCUUCUUGCCCUUUCUUCGCUAAUCGAAAUGAGCUCCCAGGUACGCCAGAAUUAUCACCCCGACUGCGAGGCCGCUGUUAGUCGGCAGAUCAACCUGGAGCUGUACGCGUCCUACGUUUACCUCUCCAUGUCGUAUUACUUUGACCGUGAUGACAUUGCAUUGAAGAACUUCGCCAGUUUUUUUCUGGAGCAGUCUCAUGAGGAGCGUGAACAUGCUGAAAAAUUGAUGAAGCUACAGAAUCAGCGAGGAGGCCGCACUCUACUCCAGGACAUCAAGAAACCAGAUCGUGAUGAAUGGGGAAGUGGCUUGGAUGCAAUGGUAUGCUCUUUGGAAUUGGAGAAGAGUGUGAAUCAGUCACUUUUGGAGUUGCAUAAACUGGCUACAGAUAGGAAUGACCCACAUACAUCUAAAAGAACCUUGGAUCAGACAUCAGGAUCCAACAUGUCUGCUGAAUAUGGCUUUGUGACUUUUUGGAGACCCACUACUUGGAUGAGCAAGUUAAGUCCAUCAAGCUACUAGGAGACCAUGUAACCAACUUGCGACGACUGGGUGCUCCUGAACAAGGCAUGGCUGAAUACUUGUUUGAUAAGCACACCUUGGGUAAAGACUGCAGCUGAACGCCUGAUUUGUUUCCAGUCCCUUGCUGCUCAUAGCACUGUCUGUAAACCUCAGUGCAUGUUUAAGCUUAUUUGUAGUCUGUCUAGUUUUCACACUAUUUAAUUAUGUAAUUGAUUAUAUCACCAUAAACAUAAGUGGAUUCUAUUAAGCUGUCUCCCAAUGGAUUUAUUGAAGUGUACUUGUUUUAAAAAAGAAAGUUUUGACUGACCAGAAUAAAGCGACUCAAGUGUU